AUGAGGGUUGCUUCAUUUGUUAACUUCCUUGAGUUUGAAUUUGAAGGGAAUAUCAACAAGAAUGCAAUUUGUCUUGGUGAUGUGGAUAAUGAUGGGCAGAAUGAGCUAGUUGUGGGGAAUGAGAAUGGUGCCCUUGCUGUUUUCAAGGGAGAAAAUCAACGACCUAUCCGUUACAGCACUGACCUUGGAAUGAUCUCUGCUGUGGCUGUUGGGGAUGUGUUUAACUCUGGCUCCAAUGCACUGGUUGUAGUGACUGGCUGUGGUUACUGCUAUAUCUAUGACUUUGAGGAAGACCAACUAGGGGAGUCAAGUGAGAAGAAAACCCUGCAGCCCAUCCAUGCUCAGCGUAUCCCUUCCAAUGUAAAAGUGAUGCUUAUUGGUGAUGUGAAUGGAGAUGGAUUCUCUGAGAUGGUGGUGGCCCUAACAGAUCGAGUUGUGCGCACCUACCGCUGGGUCAGCUGUGGAGAUGUGGUUGGGGGAAAACCCUAUGGCAAAUUGAUUGGCCUUAACAAAUGGGAGUUAGGAGAUCAAAUAGGAGGCAUCACAUUUAACCUGUGUAAAGAUGGCACCCCUUCUCUCCUGGUAGCCCAACCUGGGGGUACAUACUUCACACUCAAGGUUCAGCCCGCUGGUCAAGACAACGAACUUGAUCCAUUUGAUGAACAGUCCUCUGAACUGCUGACUAAAAUGUCACUUGACUAUGAACCAUUGGCCUCUGCUAGGCUGAGGAAUCCAAACAUUCACACAGAAGUCUGUGGUAAUAUCAAGUUAAGCAAAAGCAGACCUAGCUCCUGCAGCAGUGAUGGUGAUGCCAGUGAAAUGAUUAAGACAGACUCAGUCCAUUCAGAUAAUGAAUGUGUAGCAGCAUCAUAUGCCCUCUCCUGUCCAAGUUUGUCAGGUAUUGAAACAGAAGAAAAUGAGCCCAGGGCAGAAAAAAAUAAUACAAAACCAAUUUGCAGCAGGACAGGUAGUGAUGCCAAUGAAAAUACCUUAGAGGGACCCUUUGGCUAUGCCUUAGCCACUCUUGAUGGUACUUUGAUGUUAGUGUCUGAUGGGAAGAUCCAAUGGAAUCUACAAGUUGACCACCAACUCUUUGCUGUCUGUGGGUUGGACGUGACUGGAGAUGGCAGAGAUGAAGUGGUGGCCUGUGCUUGGGAUGGCAAUACCUACAUUGUGUGUGAGAGCACAGACUGCGUGCGCUUCACCUUCCAUGAACCAGUAAACGCCUUUACUGCUGGGCUCUAUGGCCUAAGAGGCCAACAGGUUCCCAGUUUGGUGUAUGCUUCCUUCAACAACCGCAUCUACCUGUACCACGACAUAACUAUGAGCCACACCUCCACCAAGACCCUCACUGAUGUCCUCAGGAAGGAGCCGGAGUACCAUCGGCUGCUUAAAAAAAUGGGUUUCUGUUCUAGUGACACCGACAAACUUGACGAGCUCCAUAAGUUUUUACUUUAUGGAGGAGUUAUUAAAUGAAAAUAUGAAGCAGAAUUGUAUAUUAUAGGAUGGAACUGAUCAAAAUAUAUUUGAAAAUUACCCGAAAUAUAGAUGCUUUGGAAUUUCUGUAAUCGUUUCUUGUGUUUCAUAGUUCAUAUUGAAUUUGUUAAAUGUUUCAUAAGGGAAUGUACACUGAUUUUACAUAAGUAUGCAUUUAAUUUUCUAUUUAAAUAUUAGUGGAUUUGUACUUUUGUUUUUUUCUCUCCAUAAAAGGUUAACAUUUGAAAUUGGGUAAUCCAAACAUUAUGGUGAGAUAUUACCUCAUGUAACCCAUUAAAUUUAAUAAAGGAAAUGUAAUUUC